AUGUCUGAACCAAAUGUUCCAGAAAUACCCUUUAGAAAAAUUUAUUUAACUAAAAAUGAUACGGCAUUUGAUUUAGCUAAUAGAAUUGAUGCAGUUGCAAAUACUCUUAUCUCAGUUGUAUUAUGGAUUACAAUGGGACUCAGAAAUAAUAUGAAAAUAACGUAA